AUGGCCAACAACACCUUCCGGGAUUCGGUCAACUCCCUGGGCUGGUCGCGCAGAGAUCCGGAUUUGCCCGUGCGCACCAAUGCCCCUCAGGACACUUCGGUCUUCUCGCGGCUGCAGUCGUUGAAUCCGUUCGGCCAAGGAGGUUAUGUCCAGCUCCCCACCCAUAAUGAUGCACCCGGUGCUCCACUACCGGCACCCAAUCGACGGGAGGAGGAAGAGGGCUUCUUUGCCUUAAGUCGAUGGGAUCGGAUGCUCAUUUUCGGCGCCUGCAAUCUAGGCGCCGCCGUUUGCUUCUUGAUCUGCUUCUUCCUAUUCCCCGUCCUCACGCUCAAGCCUCGGAAAUUCGCCGUCCUGUGGUCUGUCGGAUCCGUUCUGUUCCUGCUAUCAUGGGCCGUCCUCAUGGGACCGUGGUCGUACGCUAAGCACCUGGUCUCGGGAUCACGGCUACCUUUCACGGCCGCCUAUUUCGGAUCGAUCGCCCUGACGCUCUACUUUGCUAUCGGGCUCCAAUCCCUCUUCCUCACCCUCAUCUCUUCCAUAUGCCAACUCGUCGCCCUGGUCUGGUACCUCGUCAGCUACUUCCCCUUGGGCAGCACCGGUCUACAGUUCAUGGGUCGCUUUGGCGCGAACCGUGUUUCUGCCUGGGUGUCUGGUUAG